CCGACGGACAGGCUGUAGGCGAGCCCGAGCCCGUGCGCGCGUUUCGGUCGCGAAGGCGAAUGCGGUUCAGAAAACAAGGAUCGGCGGAGAGAGACGCGGAGAUAGACCGAGCUAGAGAGACCCAAACCCCGUAACUUAGACCGACAAAUUACCCGCUCAGCCGCGCUGUAUGAGAGCCACACCCGUCUCAGGAGACAGAGGAAAUUCUUUAGGAUGAAAUGAACAUCGGGUGGUGAAUGUCUGCAGGCUGUCUAUGAAUCUUGUACCUGGUGUUGGGAUUGUGGAGAAGCGUUUUGUGUUUUCCUCGAGCCACUGUCUGGAGGAUCUCUCUGUGAGCCGGAGUUUGUGUUGGAUUUCUCUCUGAUCUCCUGUGAGGGAGACAGCAGCCUCUGUAGAGCCUUGACUUGACAUCACAGCCACCAUGGUGCUGUCGCAAAGACAACGAGAUGAACUAAAUCGAGCGAUAGCAGAUUAUCUCCGCUCAAACGGAUAUGAAGAAGCAUAUUCAGUUUUCAAGAAGGAGGCAGAGUUAGAUGUGAAUGAAGAAUUAGACAAGAAGUAUGCUGGCCUUUUGGAAAAGAAAUGGACUUCAGUUAUCAGAUUACAAAAGAAGGUGAUGGAAUUAGAAUCCAAGCUAAAUGAAGCAAAAGAGGAGAUUACUUUAGGAGGACCUCUGGGUCAGAAGCGUGACCCUAAAGAAUGGAUCCCCCGUCCGCCAGAGAGAUACGCCCUGAGUGGUCAUAGGAGUCCUGUCACCCGGGUCAUUUUCCACCCUGUUUUCAGUGUUAUGGUCUCUGCCUCCGAGGAUGCUACAAUAAAGGUGUGGGAUUAUGAGACUGGAGACUUCGAGCGCACACUGAAGGGGCACACAGACUCGGUACAGGACAUCUCCUUCGACCAGACCGGCAAGCUGCUGGCAUCCUGUUCUGCUGAUAUGACCAUUAAGCUAUGGGAUUUCCAAGGAUUCGAAUGCAUCAGAACCAUGCAUGGACAUGACCACAAUGUUUCAUCUGUAGCUAUAAUGCCUAAUGGAGAUCAUAUCGUGUCUGCCUCUAGGGAUAAAACCAUUAAAAUGUGGGAAGUGGCGACUGGGUACUGUGUGAAGACAUUCACAGGCCAUAGAGAGUGGGUGCGAAUGGUGCGACCUAACCAGGACGGCACACUGAUCGCCAGCAGCUCCAACGACCAGACAGUGCGAGUGUGGGUGGUGGCGACAAAAGAGUGCAAAGCCGAGCUGAGAGAGCACGAGCAUGUGGUCGAGUGCAUCUCCUGGGCCCCUGAGAGCUCCUAUCCCACCAUCCUUGAAGCGACAGGAUCAGAGACUAAGAAGAGUGGCAAGCCUGGACCGUUCCUGCUGUCGGGAUCCAGAGACAAGACUAUCAAGCUGUGGGAUGUCAGCAUUGGCCUGUGCCUUAUGACACUGGUUGGCCAUGAUAACUGGGUGCGUGGCAUCAUGGUGCAUCCUGGUGGGAAGUUCAUUGUGAGCUGCGCUGAUGACAAGACCUUGCGGAUCUGGGAUUACAAAAACAAGCGGUGCAUGAAGACUCUGAAUGCCCACGAACAUUUUGUUACCUCUCUGGAUUUCCACAAGACGGCUCCUUACGUUGUGACUGGAAGCGUAGAUCAAACAGUAAAAGUGUGGGAGUGCCGCUGAUUAUAUCGACAGGAUCCCACCCCACCCCAUCCCAACCCACCCUCCUACUUCCUACUGCUCUGGAUGCACUCAGAUACCAUGGUUAUUUCCCAUCGAGCUCUGUUUAAAUAACUAUUGUCCUUUUAUGUAAAUUAUUCUGGAUGUAGAUUGAGCUAUUAAAUGUUACACAAAAAAAGUAUUCUUGCAUGGUGAAUCCAAAAUUGUAUACUGUAAAUUUACAUAACGUUGUCUAGAAGUACCAUAGGUUUAAGAACAUGGGCUGGUCUGAUCAGACCUGAAAGGCAGAAGUUGACUGGGUAAUUAAAAGUAGGGCACUAAACUGAUAUUUUUAAUGACAGUGUCGUUCUUGCGUGUCAGAUUAUUCUGUCUUUAUUAUUAUUUUUUUUUUCCACUGUCGUAGUCUGUUGGUGCCUAGAUCGGUGACCUCUUUGAGAAAAACAAAACUAUAAUUCCUCCGUGGAAAUUUGAUUGUCUGUGGGGCUCGUUAAUGGAAUAAUGUGUAGCUAUGUAACAUCACUUCUGAAGUGUGCUUACCGUUCUCUUAUUGUGAAACUAGAUAAUAUAUUAAUGACUGCAUCUAAGAAUGUGUUUCAAACUGUUCCGUUGUAAGACUACGGGGAAUAAAACUUUGAACCCUUGUCAUGGCACAUGUCUUAAUUAUAGAGUCAGGAGUUUAACAAUCUAGAAUUGCCACAAACGCGGUGGCAGGGAGGAGUUUCUUCUUUGCUUGGAUACAUGCUGGCUCAUCAAGUUAGCAUGGAUUUAAAUAUCCUAAAAUUAAUGUAAUUUACAACAAAAAGCUUUAAAAUGAUCAAAAUGUAAGUGACUAGGUGGUGCAGUAGGUACGUUAGUUUGCAUUUUUAAUCUGGCUGAAGACAGUAGUUCUGAUGGUAUUGGCUCGGUUCUGCACAGCAGUGUCCACGUCGUUAGUCCAACAUGCAGUUUGGCAUAGCACAGUGCUGUAGCCUGUGACAAAUUACCUUUAGCACUACAUUUUAAACGCCAAGUUAAACUAGCGUUUUAAAUACACACUGGCUUUUGAAAAUGAAUUUAAAUUUAAAAAGCACUAGAAAGGUGCUAUUUAGACAACAUGCACAGCACCCCACCCAUUUCCUUAUCUUUCCACCUUGUUUAGUGUAGUCUGUUUUAAGCUGGUUCUGUGUAGUAAACCACAAAUCAUGUUGCUAUGUUGAAGGAAGACAAGUGAUCUUUACUCAUGUUGGUGCGACCGAGGGAAAGCAAGCAGACCAGGCUGUAUUCAGAAAUGCCUAGCCAGACCUACAGCAUGACAAGGAUUCAAAAAGCCCCUUUAACAGCUGUUUGUUAGGGGAUGUGCAAAGAUCUUUCCUUGGAGAGAGAAAAAAAAAUUGAUUUAUAUUAAAAAAAAAAAAAAAAAAAAAAAAAAAAAAAAAAAGUGCACUUGUUCCUGAAGGAGAUACUAUACAACAAAUCUGUUAAGAGUAACAGAUUUUAACAGGAGUUUCUUUAAAAUAAAUAAGUGGAUUGAUCCAGUACUUUUGCUCUGGAAAUUUCAUGAAACGGUUUGCACACAGUGCUCUCUCAUUGACUUGGCUGUUUAUGGCCACAGUGUAUCCGAGUGGAGCGUGGAAAGCCCUAUGGUUUGGUGAAGUUUUCUGCACUCGAGCACCAGAGGCCCACCCAGACUCUGUUUUAUAACGAUCUUAUUGACUGGCACUUUUUUCCUUUUCAUUCAUUGGUCUUUACGGGGGUGGGGGUGGAGGUGCAAUUUUCAGAAAAAACUAAACCUGACCCCCCCCAACAAAACCUACUGCGAAACAAUGGCAAACCAACCUUUCACCCCCUCUGAAUCUAACUGCGAAACAAGCAGCAAGGCUCUGAAAUCAGAUUAACUUGCACAUCCCUGGUAUUAGAUCUCUGGUCUUCACUGACUGAAGAUUUAAGAAGUAAAUAAAUAAAAAAAAAAAAAAAAAAAAAAAAAAACAAAUGCAUACGCAGUUAUCAUUUUAAUUAGCCUUUUCAUGAAAAUGCAAUUAUAUAAUAAAGAAUUCCACUGCUUAACCAA